AUGCUCGCCCCGGCCCUGCCCUGCCUGGCGCUGCUGCUGGCCGCCGCCCGCGGCCGCCCGGGGCUGCUGGGGCCCAAGGCCGUGUCGCAGAGGGACGCCGAGUUCGAGCGCGCCUACGUGGACGAGGUCAACAGCGAGCUGGUCAACAUCUACACCUUCAACCACACCGUCACCCGCAACCGGACAGAAGGCGUGCGUGUGUCCGUGAACGUCCUGAACAAGCAGAAGGGGGCUCCUUUGCUGUUCGUGGUCCGCCAGAAGGAGGCUGUGGUGUCCUUCCAGGUGCCCCUAAUCCUGCGAGGGCUGUUUCAGCGCAAGUACCUCUACCAAAAGGUGGAGCGGACGCUGUGCCAGCCCCCCACCAAGAAUGAGUCCGAGGUCCAAUUCUUCUACGUGGACGUGUCCACCUUGUCACCAGUCAACACCACGUACCAGCUCCAGGUCAGCCGAAUGGACGACUUCGUACUCAGGACCGGGGAGCCCUUCAGCUUUAACACCACAGCAGCCCAGCCUCAGUACUUCAAGUACGAGUUCCCGGAAGGAGUGGACUCGGUGAUCGUCAAGGUGACCUCCACCAAGGCCUUCCCCUGCUCCGUCAUCUCCAUCCAGGACGUGCUGUGCCCUGUCUAUGACCUGGACAACAACGUAGCCUUCAUCGGCAUGUACCAGACGAUGACCAAGAAGGCAGCCAUCACUGUGCAGCGCAAAGACUUCCCAAGCAACAGCUUCUACGUGGUGGUGGUGGUGAAGACAGAAGACCAGGCCUGUGGGGGUUCCUUGCCUUUCUACCCCUUCGUAGAAGAUGAACCGGUCGACCAAGGGCACCGCCAGAAAACCCUGUCGGUACUGGUGUCUGAAGCCGUCACCUCUGAAGCCUACGUGGGGGGGAUGCUCUUUUGCUUGGGCAUAUUUCUGUCCUUCUACCUGCUGACCAUCCUCCUGGCCUGCUGGGAGAACUGGAGGCAGAGGCGGAAGACCCUUCUGCUGGCGGUGGACCGCGCCUGCCCGGAAAGCGCUUCUCUCCUUGGUCACCCUCGGGUCCUGGCCAACUCCUUCCCCGGCAGCUCCCCUUACGAGGAGUACAACUACGGCUCCUUUGAGAACUGCUCCGGAUCCACUGAGGGCCUGGUGGACAGCAUGGACACGGCGGACCUCUCCUACAGCUGCCAGGGGCACGACCAGUUCAAGCGGCGCCUUCCCUUUGGCCAGAUGCGGCAGCUGUGCAUUGCCAUGGACCGUCCCCUGGACCCUGUGGGCACGCGGCCGCGACUGGACUCCAUGAGCUCUGUGGAGGAGGACGACUACGACACGCUGACUGACAUCGAAUCCGACAAGAACGUCAUUCGCACCAAGCAAUACCUCUGUGUGGCCGACCUGGCGCGCAAGGACAAACGCGUCCUGCGGAAGAAGUACCAGAUCUACUUCUGGAACAUCGCCACCAUCGCCGUCUUCUACGCGCUCCCUGUGGUGCAGCUGGUGAUCACCUACCAGACGGUGGUGAAUGUCACAGGGAAUCAAGACAUCUGCUACUAUAACUUCCUCUGUGCCCACCCACUGGGCAACCUCAGCGCUUUCAACAACAUCCUCAGCAACCUGGGGUACAUCCUGCUGGGGCUGCUCUUCUUGCUCAUCAUCCUGCAGCGGGAGAUCAACCACAACCGGGCCCUGAUGCGCAACGACCUCUAUGCCCUGCAGGAGUGCGGGAUCCCCAAGCACUUCGGCCUGUUCUACGCCAUGGGCACGGCCCUCAUGAUGGAGGGCCUGCUGAGCGCCUGCUACCACGUCUGCCCCAACUACACCAACUUCCAGUUCGGUGUUCGGCAAAGGGAACACGGUCUUCUGGAUCGUCUUCUCCGUGAUCCACAUCAUCGCCACCCUGCUCCUCAGCAUCCAGCUCUAUUACAUGGGCCGCUGGAAGCUGGACUCGGGGAUCUGCCGCCGCAUCCUGCACGUGCUCUACACGGACUGCAUCCGGCAGUGCAGCGGGCCCCUCUAUGUGGACCGCAUGGUGCUGCUGGUCAUGGGCAACAUUAUCAACUGGUCGCUGGCUGCCUACGGACUCAUCAUGCGCCCCAACGACUUCGCCUCCUACUUGCUGGCCAUCGGCAUCUGCAACCUGCUUCUGUACUUCGCCUUCUACAUCAUUAUGAAGCUCCGAAGCGGGGAAAAGAUCAAGCCUAUCCCCCUGCUCUGCAUCGCCUGCACCUCGGUGGUCUGGGGCUUCGCACUCUUCUUCUUCUUCCAGGGACUCAGCACCUGGCAGGUGCUGCUGACACUGGACGACGACCUGGACACUGUGCAGCGGGACAAGAUCUAUGUCUUCUAGGGACCCGGCCACUGCUGCACACGGGCUGCACCCCUCUGCCUCCCGCUGCAGUCUGUCGCCCGGGGCGCGUCGCAGCCCCGCUGCAGUCUGUCGCCCGGGGCGCGUCCCAGCCCCGCUGCAGUCUGUCGCCCGGGGCGCGUCCCAGCCCCGCUGCAGUCUGUCGCCUGGGGGUGCGCGUCCCAGCCCCGCUGCAGUCUGUCGCCCGGGGCGCGUCCCAGCCCCGCUGCAGUCUGUCGCCUGGGGGUGCGCGUCCCAGCCCCGCUGCAGUCUGUCGCCCGGGGCGCGUCCCAGCCCUGCUGCAGUCUGUCGCCCAGGCGCGCAUCUCGGUCCUGCUGCCCAGGGCCGGUGGCAGCCGGGCUCCGAGGCCUAGCCCAGGCUUGGUCCUGGACAGCUACGGGGUGGCCUCGGACCUUGCAGCUGCCCUCUGCCGGGGAGGAGGCCUGCUCCCCUGAAACCCCACGUGUGGCCGGAUUGCUGCUUUCUUGUCAGUGUUGGGCCUUCCGUGGUCCCUGUCUCUGGCUCCCGUUCGUCCCUCUGCAGGAAAAAGAAAGUGUCACCCUGCCCAUCUCACGCCUUGAAUCCUACCUGUCCUCCCUCCCCAGCCGGGAGCCCAAAGCCUUCAUUCCUCAUCUGGGGCCUGAGUCUCUGGCCUGUCCUGGGCACUACUCUUUGGGGUUGUACCUGGCUGCCAUCACUGCCCACUCUAGUCAGCCAGGAUGGUUGGGGGUGUAGGACUGGGGGGACUGGCCAGUUGGUACCAGGCUUGUGGUGCUAAGCCCUGCACAGGGCCCUGGCUGGCUCACUGCAGUGAAGGUUAGCUCAUAUGUGAGAACUGCCUUUGAUCUGAGGGCUGAACUCAGAGGUCACCUUCCGGUUCCAUCAGCCCCAGACAGGCCAGCCCCAGACUUGGGGAGAAACGCAGUGCCCCUCCCUCCUUUGUCUUUCCAGGCCCUUGGUCCUGCCCGGCCCCGGCGGGGGUCUUUUAGUGCCAUUGACGUUGCCCAGGAUUGUCCAGGGGCAGAGGAGGGUACAGAGCCCGCCCUCCUGCCUCCUCCACUACCGCAGGAGCCCCAGUGCCUAUCAGAGAAAGGGGCUCAAGAAAGGGACACAUUUCCCUCUGUCCCUCAUCCCAGCCUCGCUCUGUGACCCAGGGCUGCUUUUACGUGUCCGUCCAGUCUUCAGCCAAGUUCUGUGUGGGUCACACCUGUGCGUACAUAUGAACCCUUGGAGUUUACACUGAGUGGCCCCAGCUCUGGGACCCCUGGCUGCUCUGGUCCUGGGGUCUCCUUUGCCCUGCCUGGUCCAUUCCCGAUGCCAGGAUUUGGGGUCAGGCCAGGCCUCUGCCUCACAGAUGGGAAUGUGUUUUAUUCUCCCCAACUUGUUUUUAUAGCCCUCUCCAGGCCGGGGGAGGAGGUGGGGCUGGACAUUUUUUCAGAACUCCGCUUUAUGUCUGUUUCCUUGGUAUGGUUGCAUUCUGUUUUCUAUGAAUGAGUCUGCAUUCGAUUAAAGAAACAACAGAAGCAGUUCCUGGCCCCUGUUUGCUCCCCUCUUCUGAGUGUAGAUGUUCAGAGUGGGGCAGAGGAGGGGGCCUUCCAUUUUCCAGGUCUUCUGGUCUACCUUUCUCUUU